UCGUCUGGCCUAUAUAGAUCCGAUCUCAUCGAUUGGGAGAGGAUCGUAUCGCAUCGCUUGAGCGAUCUGUCUCGAUGGGAUCCUGGUUCUCUUCCCCUGCCUGCAGCCCACGACAGCGUAUUCAUCGCGUUGGACAACUCAUGGACGAAUUACGUAGUACAGCCUACAAUAUAGAUUCCUUAGAUGACAUAGUAUCUGGCGGCGGUCACUGGAUCCGUAAUCUCGCCUACGAGGCCCUCAAACACUACAACUCCGACCACCCGGGUGCCGAGUUCCGAAUUCCUUUUCAGCCCACCGCGGACAUGAAGGCUGCGUGCGUUGGAUUUAGGAGAGAUCUCUGGUACCACCUCAACUUCUUGGCUCGCCACGGGGAUGACGAGCGCACCUUCUUCGCCGAGCUAUGCUACGACAACAGCUCCCACCGCCUAAUCGUCCAAACAUGCGAUAUCUUGGAGAAGCCCUCAAGUAGCAGCUGCGCAAUGUGUCCGGAAGAAUCCAAGAUUCUACACCCUGAUGAUUCCGAAUUCGUGUGUGGAAAAGAGGGGCACCAGAGGGACUUCUUCUGCGAGACGUCCUGGGACGGGCACACAAGGGAAUUCUUCAGCCAGAGAGCUAUGCUACGCACGCCGUUCCUGAUAGGAGCACCAGCGCCUCGAUAUAGACUGCCCGACGAUUCACCAUGAUUUAUGUAUCAUCAAAUCCUUAAUCCUUGUCUAACUUGGUUUUUGACACUAAUUGCUUGCCUUCUGGCGACCU